GUAUAUGCAUAACAUUGGCAGCAGCAUAAAAGGACGUAAAGCAGAGCUACAUUGUACAUCAGCUCCAGUCGGGGAGUGAAAUACAACUCCAAGAGAAGCAAGUAGAAAGCGAAACGAGAUCGAAGUCAAGCGGCGAUGAUGCGACAUCAAAUCCUCCCCGUUGCGGUCAUAUCCUUACUGGUUGUUGCCACUGCGAACUUGGCGUCCGCAAGUCCUGUCCUUUCCGACAAUUCCCCCUCUAAGAAGGUUGUGGAAUACAAUGUUCAGAUCGGCGAGUCAGGGGAACAUUUCAACGAGACGAUUGAAGUUGACACGGAAAGGCGGACUGAACUAUUUAAAGUUCCUGCUCACGGCAAUGUGGACCACAGUAAUAUCCUACACGACUUCAAGACGAAUCUAAGCUUGCUUCUGAUGCCGGAAAAGAAGAUCUGCUAUCUUCUCCCCCUGGAAAAGGAGUUAUCUACGCCUGCAAAACUUGCAAGUGAUUUGGAUAAGGCCGAGAGAAUUAUUAAUAACAAGAUAAUCAUCGCGAACAAAUGGACAGCCGGCCAAGAGUUGACUGAUCGAUCAAUUCUAAGCAAUGAGAUGGCAGCUUUCUGUGUAGAAUACCCCAUAUAUCACGUGAAACAGUUGGAAGAUACCAUGACAUUGACCAAGACUCAAAUAAACGGUAGAACAAAUAGAAAACGACGGCAAGGCGAGUUUAUUACACUCAAGGAAGAAAUAUUGUGUGCGAAUGGAAUAGCCAAUCCUUUUUAUGCACAUCAAGGUAACUUUGCUACUGGAAACUGUUUCGCCUCGGGGAAAAGUUGGCGAGUGAAGUGCAGAAUAACAGGGGAAACCUGUUAUGAAACCGUUAUAUGCAGAUCGUUUCAGCAAUGUCGCGAAGAACACCUAACUAAUACUUUGUUUUGCUGCGAAUACAAAUGUCUUUGAAACCUUAAUGAAAUGAGCGAAACUUUUAAAGUUUCUUUGAUAAACGUUAAAUUUCUUUUCCUUCCUUUGAUUAGGGAGUGCCCGGCUUUUUAAACAUGCUUUCCCUGCGAUUUUAAUUUUUCAAUAUUUGCAUGAAGAAAGAGUAUUCUUCUAUAUUUAGAUUACCCCUUAACAACCACUAGAUAACCUCUGCCUGGAUUACUUUGCAAACUGAAUAUUGUAUGUGAUGUAGAGAAACAACUUGAGGUAGAAUCGCUCUUUCGUUUAUUGCCAAAGUGUCACCUUUGACAAGCAAUCUAAAAUACUUCAAAAUUACAUAAAAUAUUGUAAAGCUUUGUAUCCGGCUGGAAAAGAUAGUUCGUUCGUUAAGGAUAACUUAUAAUUUUCAGCAUUAUUAUCGGUGUUAAAUGUUUAAAACACCAACUUAACUCUAGUUGUUCGUGAGCUUACCAGUUGCAAGCCACUUGAGCAUGCUUUUAGGUAAUGCACAUUACAUGUAGUCAUAAUUGUAUCACGUACUGUAAAACUAGGUAAUAAAACUUAAGAUAUUACAAACGCUGUGU